AUGUGCCGCUGGUCCACAGUCAUAUAUUCCUGUAGACACCGCUCUGUCCCCGUCCGUGUGGAGGAUGAAAGUUGCGAAUGCAGUGCACAAUGUCCAUACAAUGACACAGCUUCAGAUUUCCCAGUCUCGUAUCAAUGUUGUUUUUGCAAUCCAUGGAAUGGGCCAUCCACUGAUGCAACGGCAACGAAGCCAGCCCCAACCAGAAGACGGAGAAGGAUACCCACAGGAAAGCGAACCAUUAGACGAGGCACAUCAUCCAUACAUCGAAUCAAGGAGAAGAGGCCGGGAACGAUAGCAUGUGACAGAAGUGAUUAUACGAUGACAAUUAUGAGGGAAAACUCCCGUAAAAACACUACCAAAACUGCAACAAGCCCCAAUACCACCGAUGGCAAUGGAAAUUGUGGGGGUUCCAAGGAGAAUGAUCCAGCACGGAGAGGAGGCGGGCGGCGGCGGCGACGAUGUCGACGACGAUCUCGAAAAACUGAGCUGGGCAGUUUUCGACGAAGGCGAAAUAGAUUUUAUUGGCUGACUGGUGCUUUGAAGGAAGGCGUGGCUAUUUAA